GGGAACGGUUGCUAGGGGUGGGUAAUGGGUGAAAAAGGGGGGUGCUGGAGAGAAGAUAAGGAGGGCUAAGGGAGGGGGCGAGGGUGGGGAGCAAUGCAAAAGGUAAGGCCAGGUUACCGCGGUUCGGCCCCGAGUGGGCUGCGGCCGGGGGAGGGGCGAGAGAUACAUAUGUAUUUCUGUCUCCCCAGCACACCCCCUUCCCUCUAAGCGAUGGCUGAGAGGCGGUGCAUGCAGAUGGGGAGUAAGUUUCCUGAAGGGGAGGGUGGAUGCACGCGCGCAGCCCGUCGCUGCAAAUUUCCACCGGGGAGGGAGAGUGGCUGGAUGCGGAGAGUUUGGAGUUGCUUGCGGCGGAGGGCAGAAAGGAGAGCAGGGCCGGGAAAGGGGGCUGGCGGGCGCUAUAUCUGGGAAUAAGUUUCCAGGAUCAGAAGAGCCUGCACGCUUGCUUGCUACUCUGCUAGCCCCCCAUUCUACCCCCCAAGCGGAGACUGGUCUUCCUGUCGGAUUGCCCAUGCACUUGUUGCAGAAACAGCCAAGGCCUCGGCUCUGGAGGAUGCUGAAGGAGGAAGACGCUGAAGCAGGACGGCCCUGAAGGAGUGACCCCCUUACUCCUCAAACAGACCCAGGUCUCCUCUUCCCAGCCCAGCAGCAUGAAAGCAGCAUGACUGGCCGGCCGCAGGAGAAGCCCCCAGAGCCAGGCCCCCAACUCAGCCCUCUGCUGCCAAAGUCAAGGUGUGAGCAGCGUCUCCUCACCACAGUGGUGUUUGGUCCAUACCUCAGCUCGGGUGAGGAUGUAAAACCCCGGGCUCUGCAGAUGAGUGGUACAGGCCAAGAGGAACCCCUGGCUCCAGCCUCCUUUACAGAGAUGUCAGCCAUGGAGUAGUGUGGACGCUUUCUCUCAGCUUCUCAGGGUUUCCGUCUUUUUGGGUUUUCUUCACUUACCUUUUUUUAUGGUUUUGUGGCUGGACAUUCAUAACCAAGGCAGACACCAUGGGAGAUCAGCAACUGUACAAGACCAACCACGUGGCCCAUGGUGGUGAGAACCUUUUCUACCAACAGCCACCCCUUGGUGUCCACAGUGGGCUGAACCACAACUAUGGGAAUACAGUCACAGGGGGUGGAAUGGAUGCCGCUCAGGCCUCGCCCAUCUCCCCCCACUUCCCUCAAGAUACUCGGGAUAGUCUGGGCCUACCUGUUGGUUCCAAAAACCUUGGCCAAAUGGAUACCUCGAGGCAGGGAGGGUGGGGAGGCCAUGCAGGGCCUGGAAACCAUGUCCAGCUACGUGGCAACCUGGCCAACUCAAAUAUGAUGUGGGGGGCACCCGCCCAGGUGGAGCCCGCUGAUGGCUACCAGUAUACCUACUCCCAAGCCAGCGAGAUCCGGACCCAGAAGCUCACCAGUGGUGUCUUACACAAGCUGGACUCUUUCACCCAGGUGUUCGCCAACCAAAACCUGCGAAUUCAGGUCAACAAUAUGGCCCAGGUGCUGCACACCCAGUCAGCAGUGAUGGAUGGAGCCCCUGAUAGUGCCCUGCGCCAGCUGCUGUCUCAGAAGCCCAUGGAGCCCCCAGCACCGGCUAUACCUUCCCGCUACCAGCAGGUGGCCCAGCAGGCUCACCCUGGUUUCACUGGGGGAUUGUCCAAACCAGCCUUUCAGGUCGGGCAGCACCCGUCCCAAGGGCACCUGUAUUAUGACUACCAGCAGUCACUGGUUCAGAUGCCAAUGCAGGGAGGACAGCCGCUGCAAACCCCACAGAUGCUGUCACAGCACAUGCAACAGAUGCAGCAGCACCAGUAUUAUCCACAGCAACAACAGCAGCAAGCAGGGCAGCAGCGGAUCUCCAUGCAAGAAAUACAGCAGCAACAGCAGCAGCAGCAGCAGCAACAACAGCAGCAGCAGCAGCAGCAGCAGCAGCAGCAACAGCAACAGACUCGCCCACCACAGCCUCAGCCGCAGCCGCAGUCGCAACAGCAGCUACCACUGCAGCAGCGGCAGAGUUCAAUGCAGAUACCUCAGUAUUACCAGCCCCAACCCAUGAUGCAGCACUUGCAAGAACAGCAGCAGCAACCAGUGCAUCUGCAGCCCCCUUCUUACCACAGGGACCCUCAUCAGUACACCCCGGAGCAGGCGCACGCUGUUCAGCUGAUUCAUCUGGGCUCCAUGCCCCAGUACUACUACCAAGAGCCCCAGCAACCCUACAGCCACCCCCUCUACCAGCAAAGCCACCUGCCCCAGCACCAGCAGCGUGAGGACAGUCAACUGAAGACUUAUUCUAGUGACAGGCAGGCCCCGGCCAUGCUGAGCUCCCACGGGGAUCUGGGGCCUCCUGAUACAGGAAUGGGAGACCCAGCAAGUUCGGACCUGACCCGGGUUAGCAGUGCCCUCCCCCACCGACCACUCCUCUCCCCCAGUGGGAUCCACCUCAACAACAUGGGGCCUCAGCAUCAGCAGCCGUCUCCCAGUGCCAUGUGGCCCCAGAUGCACCUACCUGAUGGGAGAGCCCAGCCGGGGUCCCCUGAGUCAAGUGGCCAACCCAAAGGAGUGUUUGGGGAACAGUUUGAUGCCAAGAGCAAGCUGACAUGCUCCAUCUGCCUGAAAGAGUUCAAGAGCCUGCCUGCCCUGAAUGGCCACAUGCGGUCCCACGGUGGAAUGAGGGCGUCCCCCAGCCUCAAACAGGAGGAAGGAGAGAAGGCCCAGCCGCCUCCGCCCCAGCCGCCACUGCCGCCUCCGCCUCCACCGCCACCGCAGCUCCCUCCCGAGGCAGAAAGCCUCACGCCUAUGGUCAUGCCCGUGUCUGUCCCUGUCAAGCUUCUCCCGCCCAAGCCCAGCUCUCAGGGGUUCACCAACAGCGUCGUUGCCGUCCCCUCCGCCAGAGACAAGCCAGCCAGCUCGGUGUCGGACGACGAGAUGCCUGUGCUCGUGAGGAUGACCCUCUCUCCCCCUCACUCCCCCCAGGGGGCUGCCCCCCACGCGCCUGCUGAAAUCCCCCGGAAACACCAGCCCGCCGUGGCCAAGGCUGAGGAGCCCCUCAAGACCGUGCAGGAGAAGAAGAAGUUCCGGCACCGGCCCGAGCCCCUCUUCAUCCCACCUCCGCCCUCCUACACCCCGAACCCCGCCUCCUACUCCGGCGCCACCCUGUACCAGAGCCAGCUGCGCUCCCCGCGCGUCCUCGGGGACCAUCUGCUGCUGGACCCCACCCACGAGCUGCCCCCCUACACGCCCCCGCCCAUGCUGAGCCCGGUGCGCCAGGGCUCGGGGCUCUUCAGCAACGUCCUCAUCGCGGGGCACGGCCCUGGCGCCCACCCGCAGCUGCCCCUCACGCCCCUCACGCCCACCCCGCGGGUGCUGCUGUGCCGUUCCAAUAGCAUUGAUGGCAGCAACAUGACGAUCACCCCAGGGCCUGGAGAGCAGACCGUGGAUGUUGAACCACGCAUCAACAUUGGCUUGAGAUUCCAAGCAGAGAUCCCAGAACUCCAGGAUGUCUCUGCCCUGGCCCAGGACACACACAAGGCCACACUGGUAUGGAAGCCUUGGCCAGAGCUGGAAAACCAGGACCUCCAGCAGCGAGUGGAGAAUCUUCUGAAUUUGUGCUGUUCAAGUGCAUUGCCAGGUGGAGGGACCAAUUCUGAAUUUGCUUUGCACUCUCUCUUCGAGGCCAAAGGUGAUGUGAUGGCUGCUCUGGAAAUGCUGCUGCUGCAGAAGCCAGUCAGGUUAAAAUGUCAUCCUUUAGCAAAUUACCACUAUGCCGGUACGGACAAGUGGACCUCCCUAGAAAGAAAACUGUUUAAUAAAGCACUAGCCACUUACAGCAAAGACUUUAUUUUUGUACAGAAGAUGGUGAAGUCGAAGACGGUGGCUCAGUGCGUGGAGUACUACUAUACGUGGAAGAAGAUAAUGCGGUUAGGGCGGAAACACCGGACACGACUGGCAGAAAUCAUCGACGACUGUGUGACAAGUGAAGAAGAAGAAGAGUUAGAGGAAGAGGAGGAGGACCUGGAGGAAGACAGGAAAUCCACAAAAGAAGAAGAGAGUGAACCCCCAAAGUCCCCGGAGCCACCACCAGUCCCUGUCCUGGCUCCCACCGAGGGACCACCCCUGCAGGCCCUUGGCCAGCCCUCCGGCUCCUUCAUCUGUGAAAUGCCCAACUGUGGGGCUGACUGUAGAUGUCAUGUCACUCCCUUUCUUCCCCAGGUGUUCAGCUCCCGACAGGCACUGAAUGGCCAUGCGCGCAUCCAUGGUGGCACCAACCAGGUGACCAAGACUCGAGGUGCUGUCCCCUCUGGGAAGCAGAAGCCUGGCGGCACCCAGAGUGGGUAUUGCUCUGUGAAGAGUUCACCUUCUCACAGCACCACCAGUGGCGAGACAGACCCCACUACCAUCUUCCCCUGCAAGGAGUGUGGCAAAGUCUUCUUCAAGAUCAAAAGCCGAAAUGCACACAUGAAAACUCACAGGCAACAGGAGGAGCAGCAGAGGCAAAAGGCUCAGAAGGCAGCUUUCGCAGCAGAAAUGGCAGCCACAAUCGAGAGGACUACGGGGUCGGUGGGGACGCCAGGGCUCCUGCCUCUGGACCAGCUGGGUCUGAUCAAGCCCAUCAAGGAUGCAGAUACCCUCGAUGACGACGUGGUCCAGCAGCUGGGAGGCGUCAUGGAAGAGGCUGAGGUCGUGGACACCGAUCUUCUCUUAGAUGACCAAGAUUCAGUUUUGCUUCAGGGUGACGCGGAACUCUAAAGCCCUGUUUGUUGCUUAGAGACAGUGAGAACCCACUGCCUCAGUCUUUAUUAAUCAGGAAACCUGGACUGCCCGCUUGUUUUGUAACCCUUUUAAACUACCUGUUUAAAAAGUGGUCGUUUUAUUCAGGUUUAGAAAAAAAAAAUCCAGUUUCUUUUCCUUUUUUUUUUUUUUUAAUUGUUGGGGGGGUUGGGGGAAUAAAUAAUUGGCACAACUAUCUUUAAGAGGUGUUUCAUCUGGGCUACAUCCUCACAAGAUCAUUCCCAGCAGGGAAUGGACUUGGCAUCCUGUUCCGUUGCUUUCAGAUGUCAACCAUCCUGGUUGCCUUCUAUCCCAAAGCUUGCCAUGCGUGUGCGUGUGCGUGUAUGUGUGUGCGUGUGUGUGUGAAGCAGGCUGAGCUCUUCAUGCUGGGGCCUUGGGCCAUUUUUUCCCACCAAGAGUUAUUUUUCUGUUCAGAUCUGUCAGGAAUUGUUCUUUUUCCUCCACCAAAAAAAUAGAUCAGAAGAACCUAUUCUUUUUGCAAUGCUGUUCACGGUUAGUGGAGUUCUGAAAUUACUUUGUGCCACUUGAAAGAUCGAUGAAAACAAUACUCACUGGGAAUUUGCUGUAAUUCGUGUCUGCUGGACUGAAGUUUCCCUAGAUACCAGCUAAGAGAGGGUUUUCUAACAGGUCAUGAUUUCAAAUAGGAAGGAAGUAGCUUGGAAGGCCAACAAAAAUAGUUUCAGAUACACUUUUGCUUCAAUGUUUGCAUUCAAACAAUGAAUGUAUUCAUUACAAGUCACUUACCAAAGCACUUCGAGACUUCACAAAGCUGCAUGACUUUGCUCUGCCUCCUCCUGCCCCUGUCAGCAGGGUUGCUGUUUGUACUUGAAGGCAAUAAACUUUGUAAUCCUUCAAAAAUGUCAACAUCCGGGCUAUUGAACUGAGUCAGACUGACCCAUCCCACUAUUAGCGCAAAAGUCAGACCGGGACUUAGCCCUGGCAAGGAGGGGAUCUGCUCCUCUUGGCCCCUUUUCAGUGUUAAUGCCACAUGACCUCUGGAGCAGGUGUUCUCAGGCCUCUCCCCUCCCUCGGUAGCUACCCAGCUCCACAGAAAGGUGGCUGUCACUCUGGGCCACUUUGCUGGCUCAGUAAUAGCUGGACAUCAGACAGAAAAUCAGCAGAGGCAUGAGGACAGGACCUGAGCAUCCUUUAAAUUUGACUUUGCAAAAACAUUUAGCACACACUCACGGGGGCCCACUGUGACCUGUCGUAGCCCCACACAGGCAGUGGUUUCUGAAUCUCAGGAAAGCCACAGACAGAAGAAAAAUACAAAGAUUUUCUCAUUUCCAGCAUUCUGUUUUCAGAGAAGAUGUCUUGGAGAUUUCCUUCCUCUUUAAGGAAAAAAAAAAAAAACUGCUUUGUUUGCUGCCAUUUCAACAGGUUAAUCUAUCCUGUUGUUUUAUCUAAGCAGUUCUGAGUUAAGAACUGCCUGGGCAUCAGGCACCAGCUUGGUGGCAGAGUUAUUACAGAACCAUUGCAACUGUCAUGUCAUCAGCAGAUCUUGAAGUGACCUCCUUCUGGUCUGAGGGUGAGCCUGGAAUGGUUUCUGCCAUUGGGUCUGUAGAAGCUUAUCAAAAGACCAAAUGCCCAGAAAAAUGUUUAUAAAGCAAAUGUAUCCCUUCUAUUUGGAGACUUGCUCGGCUGUUCCAGUUUUAAACAUUAAAAAUAAACUGAGUUGUCACAGCAAAAAAUAUAAUGCACAAUUUAAUUUUAAUUUUCCAUGCAGUAUAGGGUAAGGAUCUUGGACUUGAAAUAACCAAAGAACUCCUCCUUAAUGAGACAGUUCAAAUACCUGAAUUAGUAUUUCUUGACUAUCAAAGAAUCGACUUCCUAGUAUAAUAUAUUGCACUUACUUUUUUUUUUUCUGGAAUGAUCUGCCUGCAUGGAUGUAUUGUGUUUUUGCGUCCCCCACCCACCCACCCCAAAGAACUUUUCUUCCUAAUGGUUAAUGUCUUCAACACGGUUACUGUUUACUAUCAGAUGGUUUUUCAUUAGUGAAUUUAGACCUCUUUGAGAAAGCUUGUAUAUAAAAAGUUAACAGAUAUAUUUUAUGGAAAAACCCAUCUUAUUUUCAAAUAUAUUUAACUGCUGUUAUAUUUUAUUAGAGGAAGGUUGUAAAUAUUUUCUAGGAGUUCUAUUGUAAAGAAAAGUAUUUUUGAAAAAAAUUAAUGUAAUAAAAAUGAAAACAUUUUUAAAUAGCGGCUGUGAUUGCUUCCUGUUCUGGCUUCUUUAUGUUCUGUUCUCAACAGAUGACUUGCAUGCCUUCCAUAUCGGGAUGUAACUUAUUCAGGUUUGCACUAUUAUCAGUUGACAUCUUAAUAUUCAGUGUGCUUAACUGUAUUUUCCCAGAAUGCAGGUCCCUUGGUCCAUAUCAAAGCACUAUGUAUAGCAUAUUCAUAAUUUUUCUUUUGUAAUGUGUGUAUUUUUAAUAAGGAUUUUAUGUAACAUUUUGGCAAAAAGAGGACAGUAUUUUCUAGUGAAUUUUAUAAUAACAUUUUGCUAAAAAUGUUUCUUCCUAGGUCAGUUUUUGUUAAGGUGAACCAAAAGUCUUAUUUUACCAGGGGUUUAAAAAAGUUUGAAGCUUGAAAGCAAAGUUAUAUUUAAACAUCAUAUGUAACAAAUAAAUAAAGAUGUUUUAUAGACUUGUCCUAAAAAGGUGCAUUCCUUAAUAAUAAUAAUAACUGGGGCAUUGUAGGUUGUUUCCCCACCUGAGUGUUAAGCAUUUUUUAAAAUUAUCACAAUACUUUUUCAGGAAGAGAACCAGGAGAAUUUUACUUCAGUUUCAGUCAUUUACCUUAGAGAUUUAUUACAGUUCCUAGAGACGGGCAUUCAUCAAAAUAGAAAUGUAACCAAAUACAUGCUGUCCUAUUUAUUUGUGAAAACCUGAUUCAAUAUUGCAUCAGCUGCUCUGAAAAUAAAAUAUUAUCUUUCUGAGUUUCA